AUGCCUCUUCACGACGUUGGAGUCUAUGAAACUAUGAAAAUACUCAGCGUCUUUGACGAUACUGCCAAGAUUGAACUCAUCAAGCCAGUCUCGAGGCACCGAAAGAGGAGACUUCUACCUUAUUGCCAAGAACGUGGGGGAGAAACGGAGUCCGAUCAUGACCCUGUUGGUCAAACGUCUACUGCCGUGACUGAAAAUGCUGCUGCUGCUGCUGCUGUGCGUGACUCAGACGAAGAUCUGGAUGACGCCGGAGAUCCUGAUGACGUGGACACUGCUCCUGUGUUGGAGUAG